CACCAUCAUCAAAUUGUAACAUUUGAGAAUGGGCAGCACGAAUUCUGAAAAAAAACUUUCAUAAUUUGUUUUUCCAUUGGUGUUGUGUACCGUUAUAGUUGUGUUUUGGAAGUGUCUCCCCCUAUCCAGCCCUGUCCUAAUUGACAUGCCCGUCCGUCUGCUCCUCUCCGCAGGGUGUUGAGGAGGUCCUGAGGAUUGCUUUGCCGACAGCUGAAGGAUGGACUGCCACCUGUGUCGCGCCGCUCCUGCUCCCACCGAGACCCAUGUCCGACUGCUCAGUUAGCGCUGCGCGUCUGCGCUAACCUCAGCGCCAGCCCGCUAGCGCCACUACAACACUUGCGCAACGCAUAUCUUGUCUUUCACAGCUUUAGCUAUUGCGGGCCAAUCUGCGCUAACUUCGGCUGAAGUUAGCCUUUUAGCUUUGGCAUUAGUCAUAGCUUCUAGUUAGUGCAUAUCAAUCCGAAACAAUUAGGAUAAAAAAAAACACCAGUUAGUGACUAUUCGGAUACUCUUAGCCCUCCUGCCCUGUAGAAAUCCUUUCCCCUUUGGCAUCUUUUCCACCACACACACCACCAGUCACCUCUUGCCUUAAGUAAAGUAUUUAUUAUUUUCUUCAUAUUAUAAAAAAACCACAUCAAGCGGCACCAUGUUGGACGAGUACCUAUGGAUGGUCAUCGUGGGCUUCAUCAUCGCCUUCAUCCUGGCCUUCUCGGUGGGGGCCAACGACGUGGCCAACUCCUUCGGCACAGCGGUGGGCUCGGGUGUGGUGACGCUGAAGCAGGCCUGCAUCCUGGCCUCCAUCUUCGAGACGCUGGGCUCCAUGCUGCUGGGGGCCAAGGUGGGCGAGACCAUCCGCAAGGGCAUCAUAGACGUUAACCUCUACAACGAGACCGUGCCCAUCCUCAUGGCGGGAGAGGUCAGCGCCAUGGUCGGUUCAGCAGUAUGGCAGCUGAUUGCGUCCUUCCUGAAGCUACCCAUCUCUGGGACGCACUGCAUUGUGGGAGCCACGAUCGGCUUCUCCAUGGUGGCCAUCGGCACCAAGGGCGUGCAGUGGAUGCAGCUCGUGAAAAUCGUGUCCUCCUGGUUCAUCUCUCCCUUGCUGUCUGGCCUUAUGUCUGGCCUUCUCUUCUUCGUCAUCCGCCACUUCAUCCUCAACAAGGUCAGACACACACCACGGCCUGAAUAAUGCACCCACUCACACACUCACAAUGUCCGACGAGACGACAGCCCUAAACGCAUUACUGAAUCUGGGUCUGGCGUUGUGUCGUAAUCCCGUGAGCCCUGUAAUGAUGGAGUGUAAUUUAGACUGCCUGCUCCACGUCCUCGUCCCUCGCCCUCGCCGCGAGACAGACAAGGAAGUGUAGUGGUGUUUGACGCGUCAAAUCAAAUAUUUGCCACACUUGACACUGCCUCACUGUUGACAUUGAUAGGCUCUUCUGUGGUUUGAUGGUCUUAGUAGGCCGACUCAUACAUUUUAAUGCGCCCUGAUUAUUUUAUCUUUUUUAUUAAUCAAGUGAAAGCUGUGAAAAGUGAAAGCCCAACUGGGAAACUCCAACACCCAUUGUCAUUGUGACACAGCACUCCACAGCACACUGUUCUCACUGCUCACAGCGGAAUUGCAUUUAUACCUCACCCGUGAAAGGGGGCAGCCCCCAAUGGCGCCCCAAGGGAGCAGUGCGGCAGGACUUUACCAUGCUCAGGGUACCUCAGUCAUUGAGCUGGAUGGGGAUGGGAGGUUAAUUAGUUCUCCCCCCACCAGGUCGGGAGUUGAUCGGCAACCUUUUGGAAACAAGUCUGACGCUCCAACCACUUACCCACGAAUGCCAGAGGGAUCAAAGGAUCAGAUGUGGGAUGACAUGAUUACAUUGUUGCCUUAAUGUAGCGUGGGCGCUAGCAAUAGAACCUCCUUAUUAAUGAAUGCAAUGCAAUGCAGUGUUGUCUUGUGUAACCCAAUACAAUGCAGCACUUCGAAAGCACUUUCGACACUUAGCCUAUAUCUGUUUGCCAUUCGCAUUGCUCGCAUUUAAUAGAUUCCAUGGAGGACAAUCGGCGAGUUGAAGCGAGAAGG